AGUAAUAAAUCAUACUAUUAUUUGCUAAGUUCUGUAUUAUCUACUCACAUAUAUGUUACAAAAAAUAAUUUAACAUUAUUUCUUUGAUAUAUUUUUGUCAUGUAAUUAUUAAGAAGAUUUAAAAAAAAAUAAAGCUCGUGAGUCGAGUGUUUCACUGCGAUGACAAUGAAAUUCAUAUUAAUUUCCAAUCUUUUAAUCGUGUCUGCAUAUAACAUCGAUACAAAUCAUCCAAUAUUAUAUCCGAAUAGUGCGGCUAACGCGGACGAAUAUCAGCACACAAGAUUCGAACGUAAUUAUUUCGGUUACUCGGUGCUGUUGCAUCGUGACUCGCAGAAGGAUUCUUCAUGGCUGCUCAUAGGAGCACCCCGCGGAAAUUAUACGCGACCAUCGCGCGAUCGAGUGAACUUAAAAUUUCUAAACGAACCCGGUGUGGUUUAUCGGUGCGGUUUGCCGGGCCGGUGUAUAGAGAUCGAACCGACUGUCAUCAAGGACGAAGAAAUAUAUAUACAUCAACUUGAUAUGCGUGGACGUAUAAGGAAAAAACAGUCCUGGUUCGGUGGUGCGAUGUCGAUAGAAAGAAGCAGCGGUUUCCUUACGAUAUGCGCACCACGAACAAUUAUGAACAUUAUAUUCAAGAAUAAUAGAUAUGUAGAGACUAUGCAGGGCAUGUGUUACAGCGAUCAGAUAUCGUCGACAAAAUUAGAUGCGGAAUUGUUUGAAAUUGAAUAUUUUGAUUACAGCAAAAAUACAUGGUUUGAUCCAAUCCACGGUUUCUCCAUUACCUUUGCAUCACCGCGGGGUGAAGAAACGAUAAAUCGUAUCAUAGGAAGACCAAAUGACAAUAUUACCGGUAGUAUCAAUAUAGUACGUUUUAAAAGACGCAAUUUUCAUCAGACAUAUACGGAAACUAUGGAAAUACCAAUAAUCGAUAAUUUGUCGCAGUUUGGCUACGCGGUAACAUCAGGAUACUAUUUCGACCGAAAUCAAUCUCUUUAUGCCUGCGCAGAUCCAGGUUGGGAUUACGUGGGACAGGUCGCUAUAAUUGAUCCGGAUAGAAAUUAUAUGAUUGCUCGUCUCUGGGGCACUGACAUCGGCGAAUUUUUUGGAGCGAGUUUGGCUACGGGCGAUUUAAACAAAGACGGUCUGCACGAUCUCGUGAUCGGAGCACCACAUUGGGGAAACGAUAACGGCAGAGUCCACGUAUAUUUGGGUAGCCCGAAGGGAGAAUUUGAGGCAGUCGCGAUUUUAGAAGGAGCCAGCGAGGAUGCGCUGUUCGGUUACGCGGUGGCGAGCGGAGAUCUAGAUGGAGAUGGUUUUAAUGACAUUAUUGUGGGUGCACCUUGGGAGGAAUCUGGAGUAAUUUACAUUUAUAACGGCGAUACAAGUUUAAAGGACAAAGUAAGACCUUUCAUGUCGCAAAGGAUCACGAUGCAAUCACACGGUCAUAAUCUUCCGGUGAACAUACGAACGUUUGGAUUUUCGAUAUCUGAGCCAAUCGAUAUAGAUAGCAAUGGGUAUGCAGACGUCGCAAUAGGCGCGUAUAAAUCAGGACAUGUCGUAGUACUUCGGAGUAAACCCGUCGUAAGAACCAAUUUGACCAUUUACACUGUUCCGAGCACCUUACAAAGAAACAUCAGCGACUUUUUAAUUACAGUGUGCGUCAAUUAUUACGGUUACGACACGGCGAAUACACGCGCUUUUAAGAUUUCCCUUAUUGUGGACAAGAGAUAUAAACGUACCGAGGAGACUUUAUUGGAAUUGGUCUCAACGGAACCUCCCGUUCAUAUGUGUAUGAAUACUAAUGUUACACUUUCGGAUAAUAUUCAAGAUUUUAUCGAACCGAUCACUAUUUAUGCAACGCAUAAUUUUACAUAUAAUGAUUCGUCUGAAUUCUGCAAAAUAUGUCCCGUUGAGAAUAAGAGUGCUAAAUCGAAGAGCGCGCAAACGCUUUUGCUUCCCUUUGACAUUGGAUGCGGGGAGGACAGAGUUUGUAACUCCAAUAUAUCUGCAAUAGUUAAAUUUCGGGAAGUCAGGGAGAAUAAUUCGUGGGUGAUCGGUUCUAAUGAUAUCAUAUUGGAAAUACGCUUGGAGAAUUGUGCUGAGCCGGCGUAUCUUACGAUAAUUGUAUUUAUCUUUCCGGAAGGCAUAGUAUUACGUAGUAUUUUACCAUUUUGUGAAGAGGAUACAGAUGGAGAUAACUUGAUGGUUAUUUGUAACGUUAGUAAUCCGCUCGGAAUGAAUGAACAGAAAGUUGUUAAACUGGAUCUGGAUAUGAGACAUUUGACCGAUAGUUCAUUGCACGGACGUAUUCUGGAGUUCUCUACGGAAAUACGAACCCGUAGUGUAAAUCAUGGAACCCGUAUGAUUAAAUCUUGGCUUACUUUACAUAGCGAGGCAUCCUUAUCAUUAAAUGGAAAAACGAUUGAGGGAAGUUAUUAUUUACCUAAUAUGGAUAAGGAUCAAUUAAAUAUAACGUUUCAGCAUACUUAUCAAAUAUUGAAAUUCGGUGCGACGUCUAUAGAUGAAGCGCGAUUCACUGUCAACAUACCAGUUGCCACAGAGAAUGCAGGUUCUCUAGUGUUCUUAUAUAAACCGCGGAUAUAUAUAUCUGGAAAAUAUUAUAACUGUUUAUCGGACGGGAUAGAUCUAGUAGACGUGCAACAAAAUGAGCUUCGAGGGGAAACAACAUCCGAUUUGUACGCAUACAAUUCAGAUAAUAAUAACGGUACACUGCAAAAUGUAACGCAUGAUAUUUUCAAGAGAGAUGUGAACGAUCGUACGACUAUGGCGAUUCGCAUAUUGCAAACGUUUUAUAAUACGACAACAAUAAAAUCAGAAAUUUCAAACGAUAAUCUGACAGAAAGCGACAUUAUAUAUUUGAACUGUUCGACAUACGGUGUGAAUUGCUCGACAGUGUACUGCGAUCUCAGCGCGUUAAAAACGCGACAAGAUAUCGGCAAAUUUGCGAUGAGAUUAAUUAUCAACGCCACAAAGCUCAGAGAUAAUUUUAAAUUGUCGGACGAAACAAAGAUUGUAAAAUUCAGCACGGAUGCUUACGUUGAAAUUAUACGCCCGGCAAAUAGAAUUUUCAGCGUAGAGGCUAGACGUAAUAUAAAUCUCACGACAGAAUUUCGUAACACCGCAAAGAUGCAAAAAUUGCAAUUGUGGGUUGUGCUAGUGUCGGUUUCGUUGGGUCUAAUAUUAUUAUACAUUAUUAUUAUUAUAUUAAGUAUGGUAAGUCCUCAUACUUUUCGUUGCGUUAUUAUUUUUUCACAAAAUGUGUUGAGAUCAUUGAUUAUUACUUAUCAAUUAUAGGUGGGUUUUUUUAAAAGAAUGACAAAGGAAGAACUAUCUGCUUUAAAAACGAACGAGAUAUAAAAUAAUGCAUAUAAUAUACGCAAUUAAUAAAUUAAUCGCCAUAAGAACUAAUGUUAAAAGCAUUCUUUACAGAUAAUAGAGGAUGGAAAUAAAAUAGAAAUCACAAAUAUUGAAUAGAGGAUUCUUUGUAUAUUUACCUAAAUUGUUAUUGUAGAUUUUAUAUAUAAUAAUAAUAGUAAUAAAUCUAAUUUUUUAAUAAAAAUUAUGUUUUCUUUUUUUUAUAACAUUAUACAAUUACAGUACAUUGCCCAUACAAAGAUUUACUUUCUUAAUUAUACAAGUGUGUAUUUAUAUAACAUCACUUCGUGUAACAUUUACAUUUUCUUAUCACCCAAUACAUUAAUAAUAUGAAUAAUAAAUAUUUACAUUAUUUUCCCUCUGUGGGAAACAAACAAUAAUAUUUAUGUAACAUUUAUGAUAUAAGCAGAUUUCUUCCAUUCAUAUACAAAUUUUACAAAUCAAAAUAUCUAUUAAUCAUUUUUGUAUUGUAUAUAAGAACAUAAAAAGAGACAUAUUUUGUUUUCCGUUGCUUUGUAUAAUCUGCGAUUAUAAAUUAUGAUUUUGUGCGAUUUUACAUAUGAUAAUCUUCCUGUUGCGCAUGUGUUAUACAGGUGUCGAAGUAGAUACUACAUACUUUCUUUUUUUAAUUAAGGAACUGUUAUAAUUGUGCGUACAAAUAUGUGAGUAUAAAUUAUUUCCAUAUUCUUUUUCUUAAAAUACAAUUGCUUAAACAAUAUUAUAAUCAUGCUACCACGCGAUUUUUUGUCAUUAAUAAGAACAUACGUGAUUUUAAUAUAUGUUUAACGACACAUUCACACACCACCAAAGGUCAAUUCUGUUUCUUCAAGCAUAUAGGAUAUCUUCUACUUCAAGAGAUAGAUGAAAUGCAGACACGUUAUCGUGAUGAUAUAAGCUGCAUGCAUAUAUCAUAAGAUGUAGAAAUGUUGCAAUGUGCUUG